UUCGAUUCAGUUAUCAUGACCAACAAUGUCCGAGUGAUAUCGGCCUCAAUGGGUCCACCACUCAUAGUGACAACAGCAAUCGAUAUACGACCAGAGCUAUGCAGUAGAACGGGCAACCUUCACGGCGGAGCCGCUGCACUGAUAUUUGAUAUGUGCACUUCCAUGUCAGUGGCACCUCUGGCUACAGCUACGAGUUGGCCUUUCGGAGGAGUAUCUCGUCAUCUCACUGUGAGCUACAUACGUCCAGUACCUGUUGGCAUCAUCGUACACAUAGUCUGCGAGGUCGCAAGUCUGGGAAAGAAUAUCUGUGAGACCCUUCUACUCCACGAACGAAUGUAA